AUGGCAUAUUUCCUUGGGAUGGAAAUUAUGCAGAAAAUUGAUAAGAUCUUCAUUUACCAGAAAAAGUAUGCCAAAGAGAUCUUAAAGAAGUUCAAAAUGGAGGAUUGUAAAAGUAUGUCUACUCAUAUGUGUCAUAAGGAGAAACUGAGCAAGAAUGAUGAAACUGAUAAAGUUGAUGUGGCUCUCUAUAGAAGGUUGAUUGGUUGUCUCAUGUACUUGAUAGCAACCAGACCUAAUAUACUACAUGAUAGCAAUAAGAAGGUUCUUAGAUAUGUUAGAGGAACACCAAACUUUGGCAUUAAGUUCAAUACAGGUCUGAAGUGUUCUUUGCAGGGUUAUUCAGAUUGGUCUAGAUCUAUUGAUGAUAUAAGAAGUACUUCAAGCUAUUGUUUUAGUUUUGGUUCAGGAGUGUUCUCAUGGUGCUGUAAGAAGCAGGAGAUAAUUGCACAAUCCACAGUAGAAAUAGAGUUCAUUAUUGCUACUACUGCUGCAAAUCAAGCUUUAUGGGGAGUGCAAAAAGAGGGAUCUGUUAAGCUGAAGUACUGCAAGACUGAACUUCAGUUAGCAGACAUAUUCACCAAGGCUUUACCGAGAAACAAGUUCGAGUUUCUAAAGGAGAAACUUGGCAUCUACAGCAACUCAAGUAAAGAGGAGUGUUGA